UUUUCUAGACUAAACGCUAGAAAGCACCAGAGAAGAUGAGUGGACGCGGAAAGACCGGAGGAAAAGCCAGAGCUAAGGCCAAGACCCGCUCAUCCAGAGCCGGCCUCCAGUUCCCGGUGGGCCGUGUCCACAGGCUGCUGCGUAAAGGUAACUACGGGGAGCGCGUCGGUGCCGGAGCGCCCGUCUACCUGGCCGCCGUGCUGGAGUACCUGACGGCUGAGAUCCUGGAGCUGGCAGGAAACGCUGCCCGCGACAACAAGAAGACCCGCAUCAUCCCCCGUCACCUGCAGCUGGCCGUGCGCAACGACGAGGAGCUCAACAAGCUGCUGGGCGGAGUGACCAUCGCUCAGGGCGGCGUGCUGCCCAACAUCCAGGCGGUGCUGCUGCCCAAGAAGACCGAGAAGGCCGCCAAGGCCAAGUAGACCUGCUCCCGCUGCAGAGCGACCCCACAACGGCUCUUUUAAGAGCCACCCACCUCUCUCUGAGCUCUGAUC